UGGUUUAUUCGUAAUUUGACUAUGACAAGUAAAGCUAAAUUUGAGCACGAUGAGCUAGGCGAUAUUGAGGUUUUAUGCGAUUUACAUCAUAUUUAUCUGAAACCAAUUUGUAAAGUGCAUUUAACUGUUCAAAUUUCUGGUUUAAGUUGUAUUGGGGCACAGGGCAGAUGCUUAUCUACAUGGGAGGUUUCAGAAAAGCUGCGGCAGCUUUGUCCGCCUCUUCUUUCGCCGCCUAUUCAGAUGAAAGUCACGGGCGCAACCGUCGACUUCGUUCGUUUUGUUGUUGAGCUCAACUCGAGAGCUGACGUCAGAAGAGUUAUCAAAGCUGCCGAUAGCCAGCGAAUAAAGCUUAGUGGGUUUCCCCAAACUUUGCGAGUUCGGGCUGGUGACGCGCCAAUCGAUUGUCCUCGAAAACACGAUUGGGAGGCUUUUUUUCGAGACGCAAAAGAUAUGAACGAGUUGGUCCCAGGCGAACGCCCUGAUACUGUCGUCAUCUCCAGGUUACCGGUUCGUUGGUUCGCACGCUCUAACAGCACUACUAAAUUUCAACCGGAUCCCGAUGUUGUCGAAGAGGUUUUUAAGGUGUACGGUAAAAUCCGACGUAUUGAUAUUCCAAUGUUGGAUCCGUGUCAAAAUCCUCAACUUUUGACCAAAAUGGGUCUCUCAGUAGAAUAUGUCAGAACUCUCCUAUGCGACUUUGGCCACGCGAUUUCUGCUGAGCCAGAUACUCCUGUCUCAUCAUCUUCAGUUCACGGUCACGACGGCUUUGGUAAAAUGGCUCCUUCAACUAUCAAACCGUUAUUUUCUGAUGAAAAAUCGCCAACUUCUAUUGACUCAACCUCUCCGCUAACCUUCACGGCCUUUAUUCAGUACACGGACUACGCGGGCUUUGCUGCAGCGAUGGAGGCUCUAAGGGGGAAGAAACUCAUAUACGCUCCUAAUGAUAAGAAUAACACGGAUUCACCGAAAUUCUUUUCUGCUGAAAUAAAGGUGGGCACCCCGUCCUCUCAUAUUUAA